AUGCCUUUCGUCAAAGACUUUACUCCAAUUGCCCUAGCUGACACCAACGUAUUCAAACCAAUCAAAGUUGGUAACAAUGAAUUGAAAAACCGUGUUGUGAUGCCACCAUUAACCAGAAUGAGAGCUACCCACCCAGGUAACGUUCCAAACAAGGAAUGGGCUGUUGAAUACUACAAACAACGUGCUCAAGCUGAAGGUACCAUGCUUAUCACUGAAGGUACUUUCAUUUCCGCUCAAGCUGGUGGUUAUGAUAAUGCUCCAGGUAUCUGGUCUCAAGAACAAAUGAACGAAUGGACCAAGAUCAUCAAAGGUGUUCACGACAAGAAGUCUUUCGUUUGGGUCCAAUUAUGGGCCUUAGGUAGACAAUCUUUCCCAGAUACUUUAGCUAGAGAUGGUUUACGUUAUGAUUCUGCUUCUGAUGCCGUCUACAUGGAUGAGGAAUCUAAGACCAAGGCUGAAAAGUCCAACAACCCACAACACGGUUUGACUAAGGAUGAAAUUAAGGAAUACAUCAAGAACUACGUGCAAGCUGCCAAGAACUCUAUUGCUUGUGGUGCUGAUGGUAUUGAAAUCCACUCAGCUAACGGUUACUUGUUGAACCAAUUCUUAGACCCAAUCUCUAAUAAGAGAACUGAUGAUGAAUAUGGUGGAUCCAUUGAAAACAGAGCUCGUUUCGCUUUGGAAGUUGUUGAUGCUAUUGUUGACGCUAUUGGUGAAGACAAAGUUGGUAUUAGAUUGUCUCCAUACGGUACUUUUGGUACUAUGUCUGGUGGUGCUGACCCAACUUUACUUGCUCAAUAUGCCUAUGUCUUGGGUGAAUUAGAAAAGAGAGCUAAGGCCGGUAAACGUUUAGCGUUCGUCCAUUUGGUUGAACCUCGUGUCACUAAUCCGUUCAUGACUGAAGGUGAAGGUGAAUACAAUGAUGGUACCAACGAUUUCGCUUAUUCUAUCUGGAAGGGUGUUAUUAUCAGAGCUGGUAACUUGGCUUUACAUCCAGAAGUUGCUAGAGAAUUGGUUGCUAAUGAUAGAACUUUAUUAGGUUACGGUAGAUUCUUCAUUGCUAACCCAGAUUUAGUUGAAAGAUUAGCUAAGGGUUUGCCAUUAAACAAGUAUAACAGAGAUACCUUUUACGCCAUGACCCAAGAAGGUUACUUAGAUUACCCAACUUACGAAGAAGCUUUGAAGUUGGGCUGGGAUAAAAACUAA